AUGACCAAUCAGCGCUCGUAUCGCUAUCAUGAACCUGUCUUUCCUUCUGGCAAAAUUGCCAUUGCUAUGAAGGAAGAGCAAAAUGAUGCAAAAGCUUCCAAGCACGAUGCCCCUACUCAGCACGCUGCACCCACCCAGCACGCUGCACCCACCCAGCACGCUGCACCUACCCAGCACGCUGCACCCACCCAGCACGCUGCCACCACCCAUGCUUCCACUGCCUCUCUACGCUCCCUCUUGGUUGGGAAGUUGCCUGACCAAAGAACCCUGACCAAGACCAUAAAAAGGAUGGUUUCCCCCAUCAAAACCACACCUUCUUUGGCCCAGGCACGUGCACGACCCUCUGCCACCCUCACCCAUCCAACUGUGUCCAUUGAGGGAGCCACAGGGCCCACAGCCACCCUCACCGACCCGACUGUGUCCAUUGAAGCCACCGCAGGGCCCUCAGCCACCCUAACCCACCCCUCUGUGUCCACUGAGAUAGAUGACAGCACACUGCUGGCAGAGGCAACUAUGUUUGAGGAGGCACAUGUGGCAUCAAAACGAGUCUGUCUUCCAGCUGGAUGGAUACACACCCUGCCUGAAGUAGACCAAAGGUGGAUAUCCAAGGCCCUGUUCAGGUGGGCUGCACCAGGCCGUCCUGAGCUGAUCUAUAACAGGGUGGACAAACUUUGGUGGUAUCCUCCACCGGUACCACUGAAGACCAGUAGUGCUCCUUCCUUGGAGAAUUACUUUGGCCAUCCUCUGCUGCUCUGGAUGCCACGAAAGCUGUGGCAAUUGAAGCUGACCUGUCCACAUCCAGACUGUCAGAAAGACCUUCUGACCUCAGCUGGCCUGCAUCAAAAGAUCAGGGUCGUGAUUGCUUUAAAUAGUGUGUACUUUGUGGCAUCUGAGUACCUGGCCUGCCGAAGAUGUAAGAGAAAGGUCAUCAGCUGGAGCCAUAAUAUCGUCUCCCAACUCGACAUUGGCCACAGAGUGCAGUUUCCCUGCAUUCUAACCUCAAAACUUGCAUGUGACUUUCAGGUAGUAUGUUUGAUGCGUCAACGAGGCCUGGGAAACAGCAGCAGCCAGAUCCAGCGCAAGCUGCAGGAGCGUCAUGCUGAGGUCUGGUUGCAAAAAACAGUCCAAUAUCUUACAGAUUGCAAGGGGAUUGCCAGUGCUGUCACAUCAAGCUUGAUACUGCCUGUGACAUUUGAACCGCUUCCUCCAAUGCCUUCUGUCCCUAAGCACCGGUGGCUGAUGCAGGUCUAUGCCCAGGAUGUCCUGCAACGGCUGGAUGAGAUCAAGGCCGCUAUAACAUCACAAUAUGGUCGGAUCUUAAAAAUGGAUUCCACAAAAAAAGUAGCCAGAAAACUAGCAGGACCCAGCCAUGGCACCGCUGCCUGGGCAACCAAUGUUGGAAAUGAGCAUGGACAGGUGAUCAUGUCCGUGCUCACAGCAAGUGAGGGUUUUGGUCUUGGGCCAAUGAUUGAAGGCCUCAUUCGGAGAUACAGAGUGGCUGGGGUAGCUCCUCCCGAGGUACUGUAUGUGGACCGAGACUGCUGUGGCAACACUCUUCUGAGGAGGAUGUUUGAAGAGUGGGAGCAAAUGACCAUCCGGUUGGAUAUAUGGCACUUUAUGCAGAGAUUUUCUGUGGGUUGCACCACCGACUGUCACCCGUUAUAUGCCACAUUUAUGAGUCGCCUCAGCCACUGUAUUUUCAAGUGGGACCAGGACGACCUGACGGCCCUGAAGAUGACAAAGCGUGCAGAGCUAGAAGCUGACUGGAGACCAUCAUCUGAAGCUGAUGUACUGCGCCGUAUCAGCCGUAGCGAGCUAGCCCUACAUUGCAGGAGAACCACUCGUGGGACCAAGGAGACCCUGACGAUGAUUGAGAGCCUCAUUCAGGCCUUUGAAGGAGAUGCUGGUCGUGACACUCUGGGAGUCCCUUUAAUAAACUCAGCCCGGAUGAGUGAGAUCAUAAAGUCCCAGCGAAAGCAUGUGGCCUGCAUCCAGGAUCCUCAAGGUGUGCAGCUCUACAUGCAGACGGGCACUUUAAUGAAGGGAGGGCAUCGUCUGCCAACUUACCGCUGUGCCAGAGGUUCUACUUCGCUGGAGUCUUUUCAUCUGCACCUCAACAGAUUCAUCCCAGGCACGCUGGCAAGUGACACCUUUUUUCAGGCGUAUCUUUUGGAUGGACUUGCAAGGUGGAAUGAGGACCGGGCUGUGGCAGCAACGACUGAUGAGCAGCAGCCACAUUCCUAUAGUCAUCUUCUCCGUCAUGCUGCCAAUAUUCUUUCAGAGGAGGUCAUGGGCAUGAAAAUCAGCCCUUAUGUUGGGCCAAGAAAGUACACUGGUGAACUUAUCGGAGUAGAGUAUCUUUACCAGCAAACUGGUAAAGUUCUGCAGGACUACAGGUUGGCCAUUGAAGAGUCUGAGACCACUGAGGUUGCUAUAGAGGUGGAGGAAACUUAUGAUGAACUUGAGGAGUUUCAAGACAUCACUGUCCCCACCUUUGACACAGAGCGGAUACCUUCUGCUGCUUCACAAGCAUCAGUGUCUGCAGCAUCAUCUUCAACCCCUCCGGCAACCAGACCCAAGUCAUCACUGUAUGUGUCACCAGUGAGAUCUCCUGUCACCAGCUCUACGUCAUCACUGUCUGUGGUCCCUCCAGUACCAGUCACAUCUUCUGUUUCCAGCUCACUGCACACUCAGCCAGCACUAUCUCCUGGCGCACAUAGCUCCCCAGGUAACCAAGGGUCCACAGAAACUGACCUUCCAACAUCUGAAGAGAACCCUUUGCAUGAUGAUUGUGUUGGACCCGAUAAUAUUGAAGGUUAUGGAGCUGUGCAGGACUUGGCAGAGUAUUUGUUCAACCUUAGAGAACACCGUCUGGCCUUAACUGGAGAAGAGUCUGAUCAAAUCAUCAACCUAUGGCAGGCAUUGGGGGAGUUUGAUAAGAAAAAGACCACUAAAGCCGAAAUAUACUCGGAAAGCUUAGCCGGACGCGGACGCGGAAAAAAAGUAUACCCGGGCCUUUACUCGCCACGUCACCAAACCAACCUAAAACAGGGACGAUUCAGGGCCAGUAAGAAGAAUGUGGCACCAGGUGUGGAGAGCACCAGAAGAUGUUUCGUUGGGAAUCGUAGUCCUGCACAGAGGCCUGACUGCAACAGAGUGGUGGAGGGCAUCUUCAUAAGGCUCUGUGCUCUCUACCAAAACGCGGUGCGUGAUAAUGGAGAGAGGGUCACCCGCUUCACAAUGAUUGCACGGGUCUACAGACAUAUCCGAGAGUGCAUCCUCACCAAUGAUAGGGUGAUGAGAGAAACCACCAUCCAGCUUCCACAGAUGAACGCUAAAACAAUCUCAGACUGGUUCUCCAAGCGUGACAAGUCACAGGAUGUGGGGGUUACAAAGCAGGGUAUCAAUUUCCCAGAUGCACCCAUGGCUGGACCUGAGAAGCUUCCUGCGGCUUUGCAGAAAGGGCCGAACCUAUUUCCAGGGAGCUUGGCUGAGCCUCACCUUUUUGUCCUGCCAAGAAACACUGCUGGGGAGGCAAAACUCAAGAGGAGGUCACAACCUCCAGCCAUCUCCCAGGCACCACCAUCACAUCAAAGACUCCCUAUCAUUGCACCAGCAAUACCCGUCUCUCUGCCUUUCAUUUUGCCCUCCCUGCAGCUUCCGACAGUUGUAGAUACAUCAUCUUCAGUGCCUGGAACUUCACAGGUGGUGUUCUUUAACGUACCUUUACCUUCUGCUAUGCCACCAUCAGCUCAGACACAAACAUCCAGUCAAGCUGUACCUUACUCCACUCAGCAGUACAGGAAGAGAAAACAGAUGAGGGAGGACACUGGAACUGUCACACGCAAAUAUGUGAGGAAGACAGAUGUUAUUCUUUGUAGAAAGUGCAACAAAGAGAGAAAGCCACCAUCACAUCUUCAGUACUUUGGCAACUGGUACUGCAAAGAGACUGAGACUCAGUCAUAUGCUGAAUGGAGGGCUGUGCUGGAGGGACGUGGUUAUGGGGAAAAAAAAACAGGAAAUGACAAUCCUCCAGCUCCUUAAAAAUUUCACAUUUUAUAUACACACUAUAAAUAAUAUACACGCUAUACACACUGUAAAUAAUGUUAAGUUUACCUUGUUUAUGGUCAAGUUUUUUAUUGUUAUUGUUUAGGAUGACCUUUCAAAGUUGCACUACUGUGAUAAAUGUUUGUUUUGAUUUAAUAUUAUUUUCUUAGUCUGACAUGUUAAAGGUGCACUGCAAGUUUUUGUUUUUGUUAUUAUUAUUAUUAUUAUUAACAUUGAUACGUCAGAAUUGCACUACUAAGUUGAAUGUUUAUUUUAUUAAUGUUUACUAUUUAUUAUUUUAUUUUAAUAACAUUGCUGUUCUGGUUUUUUAUUUACCUUAAAAAUCUAUGCAAAUAAUAAAUGUUUAAUCCUUGCCCUCA